GAGCCGUGGGCCGCAGCCGUCCUCCGCCUUGCACCCCAGGAGCCAUUUGGCCCCAGUGACCAGCUCCCGGCAGCAACAACCCCGGCUCCGGCCGGCUCGCCCAGGGAGCAGCCUGGAGCCCGAGGAGAGCAGCAUGGAGCCGCCGGCCGUGCCGGAAGAGGAGGUGCCCGUCACCGUAGCGCCUGGCCCGGUGGGCUGCCAGCUCUUUGGAUAUGUGGGAAUUGAAGCUGUGCUCGACCAGAUGAAAAUCAAAACCAUGAAGACGGGCUUUGAGUUCAACAUCAUGGUUGUGGGGCAGAGUGGGCUGGGCAAGUCGACGAUGGUGAACACCCUCUUCAAGUCCAAGGUGAGCCGCAAAUCCUCGCAGCCUGAGCAGGAGGAACGUAUUCCCAAGACAGUGCAGCUCCAGUCUAUCACCCAUGUCAUCGAGGAGAAGGGGGUGAAGAUGAAGCUGACAGUGACGGACACGCCGGGGUUUGGAGACCAGAUCAACAAUGAGAACUGCUGGGACCCCAUCAUCAAGUACAUCAACGAGCAGUACGAGAGGUACCUACGGGAGGAGAUCCUCAUCACCCGUAAGAGGAAGAUCCCAGACACUCGAGUCCAUGGAUGUGUCUACUUUGUCCCCCCCACAGGUCACUGGCUGCGCCCACUGGAUCUGGAGUUCAUGCGGCGGCUCAGCAAGAUUGUCAACGUGGUGCCAGUGAUCGCCAAAGCUGACACACUCACCCUGGAGGAACGGGCAGAGUUCAAGCAGCGGAUCCAGGAGGACCUGAAGACCCACGCCAUCAGCGUGUACCCACAGGAGGACUUUGACCAGGAUCCUGAAGACAGGGCACUGAAUGACAGGAUUCGGGAGAAGAUCCCCUUUGCCGUGGUGGGGGCGGACCAGGAGCACCAGGUGAAUGGCAAGCGAGUGCUGGGCCGCAAGACCAAGUGGGGCAUCAUCGAAGUGGAGAACCCAGCACACUGCGAGUUCCCCCUGCUGCGGGACCUGCUGAUCCGGUCACACCUGCAGGACCUGAAGGACAUCACCCACAACGUCCACUACGAGAGCUACCGCGUGCGGCGGCUGAACGAGAGCAACCGGCCAGUGCUGAGCCCCCUCAACGGGCUGCCUGGCAAAGGUGAGGGUGGCAGCCACCUCUGAGCCACCUCAUGCCCCCCAGAGCCACCACUGGACCCCGCAGCAGUGCCCACUCCUGCCCACCAUGGCUGUGCCCAGACCCUGCCUGGGGUGAGGAGCCCAUGUUAAUUUGGGGUGAGGUGACCCCUGACAGUGCCCAGCUGCCCCGAUGUGGGUCCCUCGUCCCCAAGCUCUGCCAUGGGCACAGACCCCAUGGACCCCGUGUGACAUUAAAGGUCAGGCUGGAGCCUUCAGCCUUUGCCAUCAACCUC